UUUGAAGGUCAGGGUCGAGUAGGUGGAUUUUUGGAGGUGUGUUUAGUGAGUCACUUCACUGUUUGGGGUUGGUGAGGGAUUUAGCUUUUCCAAUGAAGUCCUCUACCAUUAAACUAUUUAUCCCGGUAUUUCUUCUCUUACUGGUACUCCAACUCAUAUUCUUCUACUCCUCAACCAUAGAUGUUGUCAAUAUAGUUGGUCAACUAGGUAAUUCGGGAUUAGCGGAUAGUGGGGGUAGAUUUGGCCCACGUGAUCAGCUGGAGACACUUGGUGAUAUGGGUCGUCCAGUUGUCUUACCUGAGUUUCUAAAAGCUGAAUCUAAGCUCACAUUUCAUGUAAAUGAAUUCAAUCUUGUUGUUAGUAAUUUGAUUGGUCUACGUCGUAAUUUAGAUGAUUUUCGUCAUCCUAGUUGUAGGCAACCAAUACCGUUGGAUAAAUUGAUUCCAUUCAAAACAAGUGUUAUUAUUGUAUUCCAUAAUGAAGCUUGGUCAGCUUUAUUGCGUACUGUUCAUUCGGUUCUUGAUCGUACACCAGUACAAUUGCUUCAUGAAAUUAUUCUUGUAGAUGAUGCUAGUACACAAUCCCAUUUAGGUGAUCAAUUGAAAACUUAUGUAAAUUCACUAAAUAAACCUGUACGAAUUGAACGAAUGUCAAAUCGAAGUGGUUUAAUACGUGCUCGAUUACAUGGAGCGAAAAUUUCCACUGGUAAAACGCUUACAUUCUUAGAUGCACAUUGUGAAGUGACUAUUGGUUGGCUAGAAACUCUACUUAGACAUAUUUCAGAAAAUCAAGAACGUAUAGUUUGCCCGAUCAUUGAUGUUAUUAGUCAUGAUACGUUUGAAUAUCUUCUUGGUUCUGAUCGUACAUGGGGUACAUUCGAUUGGCAAUUUAAUUUCCAUUGGGAAAAUGUUGUAGAUAGAGAAAUAGAGCGUAUUAAUGAUGAGCAUAAUGUCCCGUUACGAACACCUACUAUGGCUGGUGGUCUAUUCACCAUUACUCGUGAAUACUUUUAUAAGAUUGGUGCUUAUGACGAAGAUAUGGAAAUAUGGGGUGGUGAAAAUAUUGAAUUAUCAUUUCGUGUUUGGCAAUGUGGCGGUGAAUUACUAAUCGAUCCUUGUAGUCGUGUUGGACAUGUAUUUCGUAAAUCUUCACCAUAUACAUGGCCCGGUGGUGUUAGUCAUAUAUUACAUAAGAAUUUUGUACGUACUGCACUAGUUUGGUUAGAUCAGUAUAGUCGAUUUUAUUUUAUGCUGAAUCCAUGUAAGUAAUUGGUAAACCAUAUCAUCAUCAUUAUGACUUCAAUUACACUUAUUUGCUUUUUGUUUCUCAAUAAAAAUGACACGUCAAUCUGUCAUAUUUCGUCGAUUAUAACUCAAUCCUAAAUUGGCUUUUCUUCUCAAAGGAUGCUUAAAUUACUUAUUGCUAUGACAUCUUAUCAUGUGUACCUAACCACCGCCUGCCCUAACGCUCGAUGUUUGUUGGCGUGGGAAUAGAUUUUUCUUUUUAAAGAUAGGAGACGGCCAAAUAACUUGUAACGUGUGAUGAUAGCUUAAGAAAAAGUGAUUAUAUAACUUAGUCCGUUGCUUAUAAGUUCAUUAUUGUAUGAUAUUACAAAUAAGUUAUCGACUAGUCAAUACUAAAUGCUGCCGCCUUUCAGUGUAUACAAAUUUGACUAUUAAUCUGACUGAAUAAAUUUAUUGAUCAUUUUGGUGUACUUUAGGGGUCGAAUAAUUUCUUGUCUAUAUUUUUUGUGUUCUUACCUGCGUCGUUUGAUUCUCAGUCUUCCAGUACCAAGUCAGCUAACCACCCCACAAAUGUAACACUUCAUAUAUCUCUUUCCAUUCUGUAUUCUCGAACCAUAUUUUCAGUGUUCAUUUUUUGUCAUUGUUAUCGUUAGUACAUUACUUUAAUUCAUUUCCUGUUCAUUCUUUUCAAGUUAUCUCGAUAUGUUAAUGUGGUAUGUCGACAUAUGUCAAUACAUAUAUGCCAGACUAUACGCUUAUUAUGGUUGGCUCGCUCUGAAUAUUGUUAAGACAUUAGGAGUCUAACACUACCAAGGAUCGUGUUGUAGGUAUCUUCAGAACGAAACAAUUCAUAUUCAUACUCUUAAACUUGUAAAUUUGCGAUUUUUAACAAGGCUCACAAGUCACACUAUUGUUAUUGUUGGCUAUUUAAACACAUAAACAUUAGUACAAGGAGGAGCCAAAUAGACAUGCGUCACAUGAAUCAUUCUACAUGUGUGAGGGCUGGGAUACUUUCUGGAUGCCCGAACCGAAACAGGUGGUUUCCUUAGGAGGCCACUCCCAGAGCCUUCGACCUAAAGGUCUAAUCCACAUGGCAGUGAAGCAAUGUCAGAAGAUGCAGUCCCAUGGUGACCGGUGACCAACAACUGGUUCAUACGCUAUUUGUUUCCUCAAGGUCCUAGAGCCCAUAUACACCGUUGGUUUGGAAUGAGGGUUUUCCACCUCCCCUAGGUGGAUCCUCCAUAUCCACCGACCUGGUGAAAGCGCCGGACGUUUGCUUUUCUUCCUCUCAAUUUCGUAAACAACAGUAGUGCUGCGAUAAGGCAGUGAGCAGGAGUUCCCUGACAGUGGUUCUGUACGUGUGGCCAUGUGAGAGUAUUUGGGGACAUCUGACUUUCCCUACUCUUGGCCGCACCAGGGCAUUCGGGGACCACAAAUCACACUUAUUGUUUCUUUUUCGAAACACAAGCAGUAGAUCCCCGUAGAAUUUGAUAAAGAGUUGUGAUAUCGUGUGGAAUACGAAGUCUUUGAAUGUUAUCUAGUUGAAAGCGUGUAACUAGGUUUCCUACUGGUUAACACAUAUCACCAAAUAGCAACUUCAACCUUAAGAAAUUUCAUACUUCCCGUGUGUUCUGGAGUGUAUCAAUCGGCUUCACAGUCUGAGACGUUAGCACCCAGCCAUUCGGGCGGCCAUAGAUUUUUAAAAUCUCAACAUCUCAACACAGUGCGCACUAUUUCGGAUCACUUAGAAUAGUAGCUUCAUUACAACACGAUAGAAAGAGUUCAAUCAGCACUAAAGGAUUAGGCAACCAUGACACUACUCAUUGAUCAAUCAAUUGUAGAAAACUGUAGAUACUGAAUUUAUUAUUGUGGGGAAUAGUGAGUUUACACAAGUUAGUAUUUCUGAAAUAGUAUUAGAUUGUAAUUCUUUAUUUUCUGGUUUUCAAUUUUUCUUUGGUGAAUUUCAGUUCGUGAUAAAAAUUUCUCUUCAAAGCAUUAAAAAUCUCCACGAAUACACUUUAGUAGACAUAUAUAUGUGUUUUGUAGUCUAGACAACUAUUGAAAGCCUGAAGGAACUGAAUAGCUGUUUUGUCCUAAUACCAGAACUCAGCAGUGCAAAUCUACUACCCUACCGAGGAUCGAACCUAAAACUUUCGGGCAUUGGAAUAAUCACUUAACCUUAAGUGGACAUCCGAUGAUUUACAUUUCCUGUUUUAGUCAGCGCAUGAUACAAUACAAACCAUCUAAUGACACUGAUAAGCAACUACCUCACAUCAGACAAUUAAGUUCAAUUGUCUCCACAACCCCGUUACACUAAACUAUAUUUACUCUUGGAACAUUAUUAUCAUUAUAUAUUUUCGUUAGUAGCUAACUAGUGUGUAAUCGAUGUUUCAUGAAUCUUUCUUAACUAAUCAAGUAUAUAAUUAAUUUUUUAAAUUAUUCUAUCGAGGAAUUAUUACAUGCCAACGAACUACCUACCGAAAAAUACUGACAUUUAUAAAUUGGUUCUUUUUUUCUCAGCGAUGGGUUAAAUUAAUUACAUCUUUCUAGGGAAAGGGUGGUAGAAGAAUAAGCCCACACAAAUACUUUAAUUUCAUGUUCGUCGAAACUAUUUGAACAAGUUGUUUCCAAUCGGAUAAAAUGUCAUUUGAAUGUUUGUAUAUAUACAAGUAUGGGAACGUUUAAAAUAGUUAAAUGGGGUAUAC